CCACCCUCCGCCCCCAGCUGAGACCCCGCCCAGAAGAGGCGCUCCCUUUCAGGGCACCGGGCCCUCGCUUAGCUCCGGGGCUUUUUGCAGACGCCCGGGCUCAGGCCAGCUGCACCUGGGCUGCUCCCGCCCGGGGCGCCACCAAGAGAACUUUCCCUGGAGCCCGGCGCGCCCAGGGCACAACCCCGCCCCCCCCGCCGCGGCGCCUGCCUGCAAGUCCUACGACUCCCUGCUUCUCUGAAUCUCCUGGAAAAGCAGCACUCGCCGCCGCUGCAGGGCAUUCUCGGAGGGAGAGCUUGAACUUGGCCACACACAGCGCCCGGUGAUGAGCUCGGGGGUCCCCAGACGGGAGCCGCGCCCCGCGAUGAGCUGACCUCCGCUCGCCAGUCUCGGACUGCGGAAGGGGCCGCGGCGCCCCCGCCUUCGGAGGAGCCGGAGCCGCAGGAUGCGCGGGGACGCGCCGCCGCCCUCCGCGCCCAGUUCCGCCGGCGCUUCCCCGGCCGCUCCCGGGCGCUGACUCUCCCGGCUUCUCCGCCCUCCUUAGCUCCCGCCCGCGCGGCCCUGGCCCCGCCGGGAACUGCUCCUCACGCCCUAGCCGCGGCGCGGACAAUGAAUUAAUGCCUCUCGCUUGAGGGGAGGGGACGGCUCAGUGCCUGGGUCGCCGUUUUCUCGCCUGGCUGGAGACGCCACAGCCGACAUGGGCUGUUUCUGCGCUGUUCCGGAAGAAUUUUACUGCGAAGUUUUGCUCCUGGAUGAAUCCAAGUUAACCCUUACCUCCCAGCAGCAGGGCAUCAAGAAGUCGACGAAGGGUUCCGUUGUCCUUGACCACGUGUUCCGUCACAUAAACCUUGUGGAGAUAGAUUAUUUUGGGCUGCGCUACUGUGAUAGAAGCCAUCAGACGUAUUGGCUGGAUCCUGCAAAAACCCUUGCUGAACACAAAGAACUGAUUAACACUGGACCUCCGUAUACUUUGUAUUUUGGUAUUAAAUUCUAUGCCGAAGAUCCAUGUAAUCUUAAAGAAGAAAUAACCAGAUAUCAGUUUUUCUUGCAGGUGAAGCAAGAUGUCCUUCAGGGCCGGCUGCCCUGCCCUGUCAACGUGGCUGCUCAGCUGGGAGCAUAUGCCAUCCAGUCUGAACUUGGAGAUUAUGACCCGUAUAAGCAUACUGCGGGAUAUGUGUCAGAGUACCGGUUUGUUCCUGAUCAGAAGGAAGAACUCGAAGAAGCCAUAGAAAGGAUUCAUAAAACUCUAAUGGGUCAGGCUCCUUCUGAAGCGGAACUGAAUUACUUGAGGACUGCCAAGUCCCUGGAGAUGUAUGGCGUUGACCUCCAUCCCGUCUAUGGAGAAAACAAAUCUGAGUAUUUCUUGGGACUAACUCCAGUUGGUGUAGUUGUCUACAAGAAUAAAAAGCAAGUGGGGAAGUAUUUCUGGCCUCGAAUUACAAAGGUUCACUUCAAGGAGACACAGUUUGAACUCAGAGUACUGGGAAAAGAUUGCAAUGAAACCUCAUUCUUUUUUGAAGCUCGAAGUAAAACUGCCUGCAAGCAUCUUUGGAAGUGCAGUGUAGAACAUCAUACAUUUUUUAGAAUGCCAGAAAAUGAAUCAAAUUCAUUGUCAAGAAGACUCAGCAAGUUUGGAUCCAUGAGUCAUAAGCACCGGUAUAGUGGCAGGACGGCAUUACAAAUGAGUCGAGAUCUUUCUAUUCAACUUCCCCGGCCAGAUCAGAAUGUGGCAAGAAGUCGAAGCAAGACUUACCCUAAGAGAAUAGCACAAACACAGCCAGCUGGAUCAAACAGCAUAAAUCGGGUAACUGUGAAUGUGGAAAAUGGAGAAAAUGAAGGAACAACUAAAAUUAUUGCACCUUCACCAAUAAAAAGCUUUAAGAAAGCAAAGAAUGAAAACAGCCCUGAUACCCAAAGAAGCAAAUCUCACGCACCGUGGGAAGAAAAUGGCCCCCAGAGUGGACUCUACAACUCUCCCAAUGACCGCACGAAAUCCCCAAAAUUCCCCUACACGCGCCGCCGGAACCCCUCCUGUGGGAGCGACAAUGACUCUGUGCAGCCAACGAGGAGAAGGAAAGCCCAUAAUAGUGGUGAAGACUCGGAUCUAAAGCAAAGGAGGAGGUCGCGCUCACGCUGUAACACAAGCAGCGGUAGUGAAUCAGAAAACUCUAACAGAGAACACCGGAAAAAGAGAAACAGAAUACGGCAGGAGAAUGAUAUGGUUGAUUCAGCGCCUCAGUGGGAAGCCGUAUUAAGGAGACAAAAGGAAAAAAACCAGGCGGACUCCAACAACAGACGAUCCAGACACAGAUCUCGCUCGAGAAGCCCUGAUAUCCAAGCAAAAGAAGAGUUAUGGAAGCAUAUUCAAAAGGAACUUGUGGAUCCAUCUGGAUUGUCAGAAGAACAAUUAAAAGAGAUUCCGUACACUAAGAUAGAGACUCAAGGUGACCCAAUCCGCAUCAGGCAUUCUCAUUCGCCACGAAGUUACCGCCAGUAUCGCAGGUCCCAGUGUUCAGAUGGGGAGCGAUCCGUUCUCUCGGAAGUGAAUUCAAAAACAGAUCUCGUUCCUCCACUUCCCGUGACCCGUUCUUCCGACGCUCAGGGUUCUGGUGGCUCCACCGUUCAUCAGAGAAGAAAUGGGUCUAAAGAUAGCCUGAUUGAAGAAAAAUCUCAGACAUCUACAAGCAGUCUGGCUGGAAAACACACAGCAAAAACCAUAAAAACCAUCCAAGCUUCACGCCUGAAGAUAGAGACUUGAUUCCAGUGAAGACGGGCUUGGGACAGGCGGGCUUGGGACAGGCGAAGGGAAGGGUGUGUGUGCCACCUUUACUUUGAAACUGUGAAUUACAAUUACUCAGAUACCUUGGACCUGCAGAAGUUUCUUCAAAAGAAAACAUUGAGUCUGUUGCUUCUUUUUAAGGUUUGACUGCAGCAUAUUUGUGCCGAAGGGCCUUUUGAUUUGGUAACUGGAAGGAUAGUGGUCUUGUAAAAACUCUUUCACUUGAUGCCAUAUUUUCUUUCCUGGAAACCCCAAGUAUCUUGUGUCCACCACAACCAAGACCAGAUGCUUCUGACCAAAGUUCUGGAAUCCUCGUCUGCAGCUGACUAGCUGUGCAAUAGUACACCGAAGGGGAUGAAAAUGUUCUUCCCAAUCCUGGGUGGAUCUCAGACUGCACAGAUGUGUGAAGACUGAGGCUUGCCUUUCAGACUGCAGAUAUUUUUAUUCAUAUAAAUAGGAUCUUUGUUAAUACUGUAUUUUGUGGCAUUAAGUUCCACUUGUUAUUUACUAAUGUAAAAAAGUUUUUGUUUGUAAGUGUUGCUUUUAAUUUCUAGUGUCCUUGUCUUGUGCUUUCAGAAAAAAAAAAGCUGUCUGUGGGUUUCAGUUGACCUCAGCUUAUAAAUUCAUGACCCUCAACCUCAAAUGGUCCCUCCACCCUGCUUGGCUAUGUACUUCUCCCCUAUUUCAGACCUUUCCUCUCUGCAGAUGACUUUGCAAUCUACUUAAAAGGGAAAACAGAAACACUCACGCGGGGUAUCUUUUAUCUUCCCCUUACCAAACCUCUCCUCGGCUGCCAUCAACCCUCAUCCUUUCCUCCUCCCCCUCCACCUGUGCUUCGGAGCCUAGCUCCUUCAGCCUCCCUGCCCCUGCUCUCUCCUGUAUUAAUAUAUUCAACCUCUUCCUCCCAGCUAGAUCCUUGCCACUUGGUUUUAAACUUUUAAGACUACCAUCUGAAAUAAACCAACCAACUUUCACAACCAUAAAUCCCUCUCCAGCUACCAUUUCUCUCUCCAAUUCUAAAUUUCUUGGAAGGAUUAUCUGUAGCCGGUGUCCUCAGUUCAUCUAUCUUCACACUGGUCCAAGAUGGUUAUCUCUUGCGUAGACAACUGUAGUAGCUUCCAGUUGGCUCACCUGCAUCCCCUUUCUUGCAAAUGUAAAUUUCUAUCACAGACUUUAACACAGCUGUAAGUGUUCUGGCAUCUUACCUGUUCAGCCUCUUGUUAACACUCUGAGCUCCCAUAGUGGACACCUUACAAGCCUUAUUAAGCACUCAGCUCUUGUCUAAAUCAGGGCACUUAGUGGGCAAAGCAACUACAACUGCUGUAAAUCUAGACUUACGGUCAUAUCCUUUUUCUAGCCCUAGGGCUCUGCAUAUGCCAUUCCCCCAACUUUGCCUUGCAAAAGUGCUACCUACCCUUUAGUCACAAGUCUGCACUCUCAGGUUUCCCUGAUUUGGUCAAAUCCUAUCAUGUAUGGGAUUUGUCUCACAAAGGCAGUUUUACAUUUGUGAUGACAUCUCCAACUGUAAGCUUCCAGAGGGAGCAACCGUGUCUCGCUCACCAUUGUGUCCCCAGGUCCUGGUACAGUGCUUUCAAUAAAUUUUUUCAAUG